UUAGUUUCUGCUGUUGUCUGUCUUUUAUCUAUCUAUCUAGACUGUAAAGGAAAGCAAGGGGGUCAUGAACAUAAAAACCUUCAGAAGAAUGGUCACCUCAAUGGAGAGACAAGGGGAAUGGGUAAGAGGAGAACCCCCAGUAGCUUCCACAGGAUUAGAAAUGUUUUUGUUCUAUGCUAAAAGCUUUAGCAGGUGGCUGCUGUCUUCCUGUGAAGGGGCUUGAGAAGGAGAGCAGAGAAGCAGAUCAUCCACAUAUUGCAACAAAGUGGAACCUCUAGGGAAUUUUUUAUCAUCAAGAUCAGCCUUCAGGAUUUGUAAGAAGACUGGAAGAGAUUCAGCCCCAAUCUGGAGAAAUGUUUCUCCAAGCCAGUUAGAGAGAGGAUUGGGAAAAGCCCCUGUAGUUCCUCAGAGCCCCCUCAUUGAGAAUUGAGACUCUGUUCAAAGGCUGGUUAGAGGGCUGCUGGUGCCCGAAGAGCUUAAAUUUAUUAAUUGUAGAUUAAAUUCGACCACGAAGCAAACCAUGCAGAGAUUAAAGAAGAAUUCUUUAUAUGCCUGGUUAAUGCAUCAAAAAAAUAAAGUUAUGGAUGCCUCUUCAGGCUCCUCUGACAACGUUGACAAGGGAAAUGACGCAUAUGAAUUGACAUCAGGAAUCUAUGACGGAGCCACCUAUGAAAGCACUACCCUGAAUGAAUUGACAUCAGAAACCUACAAGGAUGGCAACAAUGAAACCACUGCCCCGAGUGAAUGGACAGCAGCGUCUUCUGAAGGACUGUCCAAUGCAAGCACUGCCCUGAGUGAAUUGGCAGGAGGUUUCUUCAUGGCAAACACUGCUUUGAGUGAAUUGACAACAGGAAGACCUGAUGGACCCACCACUAAUACCUAUGACCAGAGCCAGGUGGAAAAAGUAACUUGUGUUGAACCCUUCGAUGAAAGCCCUGACUCAUGUGAAUCGAGAGGCAGAGAUGAAAGUACGAUGGAACAGCUGUCCAAGAUCGAUGAUGGUGAUGAAGACGUUGACUCUCUCAAUUCACAUUACAGCAAGAUUAAGAGAAUUGUGUACUUGAUUGUAUCAUCCUUCACUUUCAGAAUAUUUGGAAUUUUGCUGAUCUUUGUGGAUGUGUCCCUCAUCAUUACAGACAUAGUUGUCUCUGAUAGCACGAUGUAUAUUCCUUUGGAAUAUCAUUCAGUUUCUUUAGCUAUUGCUUUAUUUUUUUUCAUGGAUGUUUUUCUUCGAGUAUUUAUAGAAGGGGUACGACCGUAUUUUUCUGAUAUAGUUAACUCCUUAGAUGCUGCCAUUAUUGUGGUGACUCUACUGGUCAAUAUCGCUUAUAUUUUCUAUGACUUUAAGGUUCUUAAAGAUUUCCCCAAAUUGACAAUGAUUUUACGACCUCUACGACUUAUCAUUCUGAUAAGAGUUUUUCAUCUGGCUCAUCAAAAAAGACAUCUUGAAAUGCUGACCAGGAGGAUGGUUUCAGGAAACAAACGGCGAUACAAGAAGGACGGAUUUGACUUAGACCUCACUUACGUUACUGAGCGUAUUAUUGCCAUGUCAUUCCCAUCUUCUGGAAAGCAGUCUUUCUAUAGGAAUCCCAUUAAGGAAGUUGUACGGUUCCUGGAUACCAAGCAUCAAAACCACUACCGAGUCUACAAUCUCUGCAGUGAAAGAGCUUAUGAUGCUAAGUACUUCCAUGAUAGGGUCUGUCGAUACAUGAUUGACGAUCACAAUGUCCCCUCUUUGAGUGAGAUGGUGGCGUUCUCCAAGGAAGUAAAAGAGUGGAUGGCUCAAGACGAGGAAAACAUCGCAGUGAUUCACUGUAAGGGGGGCAAAGGAAGAACUGGAACUAUGAUCUGUGCUUACCUUCUUGCCAGUGAAAUAUUUGCAACUGCAGAGGACAGCCUUUAUUAUUUUGGAGAACGACGAACAGAUAAAUCCACCAGCAGUAAAUUUCAGGGAAUAGAAACUCCUUCUCAGAACAGAUUUGUUGGAUAUUUUGCAAUGGUGAAAAAUACCUACAACUUGACUCUUCCUCCAAUGAAAAAACUCACGAUUAAAAAUAUCGUUAUUUAUUCAAUUCAUGGUGUUGGAAAAGGCAAUGGAAAUGAUCUAAAAGUACAAAUAAUAAUGCAACGAAAGCCUGUCUUUUUCUGUUCUGCUUCCAAAAACUGUGGGAUAGUUCAUGAUGCUGAAACAGACAGAGUAAUAAUUAAUCUAUCCAACUGUCCACCUCUGUAUGAUGAGGUGAAAGUGAAAUUUCUCUCUUCUUCGGACCUUCCUAAAUACUAUGAUGACUGUCCAUUUUUCUUUUGGUUCCAUACAUCUUUUAUACAGAAUAACAGGCUUUAUCUUUCAAGAAGUGAAUUGGAUAAUCCCCACAAACCAAAAGCAUGGAAAAUUUACCGUCCAGAGUUUGCAGUCGAGGUAUAUUUUGAUGACGUUAAGUUGUAGCUGGUAUCUGAUUAAGUGUAGCUCCCCUUCUAGGCUAGAAUCAUGUUCUUCCCAAUCCUUGCUACCUAUUUGUAUCUUUUAAACCUAUUUCCUUGCUGAUAUAUUUACAUAUAUAUACAUAUGUUCUUGAGAACUGGAUUAAAUAUAUACAAGGGAGAAUGCCAAUGGCAAUAGUUUUUUUUUUGAAAGAAUAUAUGUCACAGUUUUCAUUUGUAUUGAGAUCAAUUUGAAACAGUACACGGGAACAUUAGUUAUCACUUAAGAACUCAGAAAUAAAACUUUCCUAUCAAAAUAACAUUUAAAAAUUGUGAUUGUCCCCCAACAAACACUGUGGGUUUAUUUUAUUUACUUAUGUAUUUUUGGACAAGUAUUCAUUCCCUGCUUUGUUUUACAUUUGUAAUUUCAGAUUUCUUAGAAAAGUAAUUUCUAAUUCCUUCUUCUACUUGAUUUACAAACUAUUAACAAGCAUCAGAAUGGCAGCAAAGAUCGUUUUAAAACCCAUCACCCCUGCUCACAACCAGCUUCACCUAAGCUUGGGGAACUCUGAAGUAAGGUCAAGUUUUCAUUAUAGACACUGGUUAGUCCUGUGUCCACAGGGAAUCAUUUUCUUUUUGGUACCAGGUGCUACUUUAUUCUAAGUACUUUCACUGCCACUAUCUUAAGGCCAUAACUGUCUUUGAAAACAGUUCUAUGUUGGCUUUACUAUUUGAAUGAUUUUCCUUUUAUUGGCAAGGCUCUCAACAAUCUAACCCAAGCUGAAUUGAUCAGGAAAUGAAAAGUAGCAAAUGAUAACCAGCGCCUCUGCUAAAACACAGACUACUCGUUCCUGAAAAACCUUGCACUUUGCAAAAAGCACACGAUAAAAAAAUAGGGUUUGGGGGGUUGGGACAGACCAUUCCAACUAAGCAGUGUUGUAACAGUGCACUAACCACUGGCCACUUGGGUUGGCAGCCCCAGGAGGUCUGGAGGUUGCCACAGUCAGUACUUUUUAAGGGAAACUAGAGCAACAGUUUAUAGAGAAGGGUUGGUGGGUGCCGGCCUAGCAGGGACGGGAAGAGAGCCCCGAGCCGCCAGCGUGGUGGUGUGGAAGGCCACGCAGAUGCUUCUCGCCCCCUCAAAAUAGCCCCCCAAAAGCGCAGCUGCAAAGGUUAUUCUACUCGCCUUAAUCUGACUCCCCUUAGAGGAAGAGCUCUUGGAGACACAGCCUUUCAAACUUCUUCCAUGUUAUGACUACAUUAUUCCCUGUAAUUUGGGUUACAGAAACGUACUGUGGCAGCCCAGGUUAUUUCCUUUAAAAUUCCUGCAGCUAUAAUCCGUGGAGGGCAGAUCAGCGGGCAGGCCUAGGUGAAUGGGAAAAAAAAGUGAGGAGUAAGAAAGAUCUACCUUUAACACUGGCAAAAGUUGGGAAACCCCAGUUUUUCAGAAUCUCGCUUUUUGA